AUGGAAUAUUUUACGCAUUCUCGAAGAGAUCUACUGAAAUACACAAAUACAGGAUCAAACACAUUGCGUACAUAUUUACAAAUACAGUAUAUGCAACAAAAAGUAAUCAACACAAGAAUGUUUGAUUACAUAAUAAGGGUGACAAUAGUAUUAAUAAUACUAUUAAUUCAUAUAAAGACAGCUGAAAAUUCACCUUAUGAAUUACUUCCAUUAUUCGCUAUAAAAGAUAUUACAUCAGUGAAUUUAGAAUAUGGUUUUCCCGCCAAUUUUAUCGGUGGUAUAAUAUUAACAGUUAAGUUAAACUUUAAAAAAUGUGUUCGAUCAGUCGAUUCAAUAGCGCUAAGUAAUGAUUGUCAAGCAUUGUACAUUCCAUCUUUUUGUCAUUUUGCCUAUAAACAAAUUGAUUUACUGAAAAAUAUGAGUUCAAAAAAAAAUACACCAUGUAAUAAAUAUAUUGAAAGUGAGCUAGGCUCUAAUGAUUGGGUGAAACAAGCCUAUCAGAAGACGACACAAAUUGUUGCUAUUCAAACAAAUGAAAUAUAUGCUACCGCGAAAAUUGCAGCUAGUACUACAGCUUCUCCUGCUGCCGCACCUCCUGCUCCCGCGCCUCCUGAUGCCGCGCCUCCUGGUGGCGCACCUCCUGAUGCCGCACCUCCUGAUGCCGCACCUCCUGAUGCCGAGUCUCCUGGUGCCGCACCUCCUAAUGCCGAGUCUCCUGCCGCCGAGCCUCCUGCUGCUGCUUCAAAUACUUUUGACAAUGCUGAUAUGAGUAAUGCAACUGCUACAACGACUACUACUACUUCUACCGAUAUCAGUAGUACGAAUAAAAUUACUGAAUUUUUUAAAAAAUGUGGACAAAAUUCAGAAAAUUUAUUGAAUGAUGCUUUUAUACCAUUAUGUAAUUGGGAGGCAUAUUUAAAACUAUUUAGUAGUACUACUACUACUGAAACAAAUACUAAUACAAAAGAAAGUAAUGACAAUGGUGCUGCGACUAACACUAGUGAUUCUAAGGAACCAUCAACUUAUGGUGAAUUAACUACAAGUUCAGAGUAUUCAGCACUAUAUUGGUAUUAUUUUUGUUCAAUCACUUGGAGUGAACAUCAAAGGAGAACAAAUACGACAACAAGACAUCCAUUGUGCCCUAAUCCAUGUUCUUAUGGUGCUGGUAAAUGUGCUGGUAUCCCACAUGUUAGACAAUCCAUGAUUAGUAUUAUUCAACCAAAUUAUGUGACAAUGACAAAUUGUAUAACAACUGGAUUAGGUUUAUUCCAGAAUGAAUACAAGUGUAUAUGUGAACCAGGUUAUUCAUGGAGUUCAGAUACCAAAUCAUGUGAACUAGAAGAUCCAUGUAUAGCUGAUGAAAUAUUAGCAAAACGGAAUAAUAAUACGAAAGAUUCAGAUCGCUUAUGUGAUCCUAAAGGAACUUUGAGGUGUAUUUAUACACCAUAUUUCAAGGGUCGUCAAAUUACUUCGGAUGCAAUGUAUCUUUAUCAUUCGUCACUAAACUUACAUUAUUCUUGUAUAUGUCAUCCUAAAUAUAUGGGUUAUCGAUGUGAUCGGCUACGUAAUCCAUGUAUUGAAAAUAUUUUACCUGGUCGUGUAUCUGGUAAUGAAGCAUGUCGUUCAUAUUUAGGAAAUAGAUGUAAUCCAGUGAAUGGUUCAAACUAUUAUACAUGCACCUGUAUUGGUGAUUAUAAAUAUUUACCAGAAUAUCCAUUUUAUAACUGUUAUGGACGUAAAAGUAUUUGUGAUAAUGUAAUCUGUCGAAAUAGAGGAAUGUGUAUUUCAAGCCAAGAUGGUUAUAAUUUCAUUUGUCAAUGUCAAUACGGUUGGGGAGGUAGAUACUGUGAAGAACCGGAUAUCCGGCAAUGGCUUCCAUGGGAAUCAUGGACAACAUGCUCAGCUCCUCUAUGCGGUGGUCAAGGCUGGAUAAGUCGUAAACGAAGGUGCCGUGUGCCAGUUAAUGAAACUACUGGUUUAGGCAAGUGUUCAGGCAAUACACUGGAACUUCGUCCCUGUAAAACUGGAUGUCCUGAUUCUACAGAGAGGUACAUUCCAAUGAUAAAAAUGUUUCUACUGUUUGCAGCUUGUCUUAUUGGCUUACAGCUAUUAGUUGGAUUUAUUUAUAUACUGCAUUGGUCAGAACUUGUUUAG